AUGGAUUUCGGUUGUUUGCGACUGAUUUGUUUGGCGGUUUGUUUUUUGUCACCAACUUCAGUGCAGCUGGUGGCAUCUCAGCAGGCCAAUCUUGUGUGUCAAAUUGAAAAUCCGAACCGGAUCCGCGAUUGUCGAGUGUUGCGCGAGUGUCUGUUCAAUGUGUUUCCGGUGGAAGCUGUGCUGGGAUGUAGUGAUGGGCAGGAUUCACCGUUGAACACUUGUGGAAGGAUCAACAAUCUGUUCGCACUGUACGAGGGCACCACGGCUUGUCAGUAUUUUGGAAAUUUCAUCAAAACCGAACAUGGACGGAAUGCACUUGUCAGCGUGGUGCAGCAGCAGCUGAAGAAGAGCUCCUUCCGGGGAAUUUUCCUACAAUGCGAUCCGACCGUUGAUGGAGUGGAUCAGAUGGCCUACAACAGCAUUUUGCAGCUGCUACGAAAGCAACUGGGCAACGGUUACAUCAUCGCGGUCAAGAUCGAAAAUCCCAAGCUAGAACCGUGUGUCAUCGAAACCCUCAACGAGCUGAUCGAUCUCAUCAGUUGCCCGCAGGAAGAUAACAGCAUCCCUCCGAAGGCAACGGUUCAGGAUUUGCUCAGCAGCGGUCUGCAAGCUCAAAAAAUACUUGCCGAUGUUCCAUUUCCUGCUCCCUUGACUUGUCCCCUAUGUGAUGUUCAUUUGAGGGUGGCAUCCGAUUUUAUCAAGUUGAAUAAUAUUUUCGGGGCCACUAUUGAACUGGACCACGACGAUGUCGAUAACAAGUGUGGAAAUGGCACUUUUCCGCUGAUGCGCCGGUUAACGAGCUUGUUAGCUGAUGAUGGUUUGUGUGAAUUCGAAGGAUUCAUUCCGGAUCCUCGUGAUAGAUCCCGCUUCUACAGUUGCUCAAAUGGAAAGUACAACCUCCACCAGUGCCCAAAGGGUCAACUGUUUGAUAGAAGGAAUGAAACUUGUAUCCCGUUUGUGCAGAUGCACUGCAACGAAACUUUCUGUACCGUGAUCGGUCCAAUCGGUAUGGUGAACAAUCAAACGGAACUGAUUGCCGUUCCCGUUUUCGUUCCGGGAGCUAACAUAACAUUGAACUCGGGUUCAGGCUCAGGAGACUCCAAUACAAACGGAACUGGCGAUGGAUCGAUGGGCAGCAUGGAUGGCUCCGGUGAUAUGAAUGACUCCAACGGAAUGAACGGUACAAGUGGCACAAACGGGACCGAUUCCAUGUCCGGUGGGGAUGGUGCAGGAACUAUCAUUUUCAACCGAACGGACAUCAUCAUAGGGGGACCGGAUUCGGAACUACUGAAGCUGCUCAACAGAACCGGCUUGGAGCAAACGGUUGGUGUGCUCAAUAACGGUCUCAAGAAUGUUUACCCACCGCUUAAAGAUCUCGUCGAUACGGUUAACUCGCUGGUUGGGCCAUUACUGAACGGAGCUAACAUGAUGGAUGCUACUGGUCAGAGCAUGGAUGAGUUAGCCAAGAAGCUCGGUCUGCUGGAAAGUAUUAUCCAGGUGGUACUGAAACUACUCAAAAACGCACUGGGACUGGACCUUACGGGACUAUUGGGUGGUGCAGCAGGAGCUCCGGCUGCUGCUGGUGGAGCAGCAGGAGGAGGAGCUGCGGCAGGUUUAGGCGGAGUUUUGGGAGGCCUGCUGGGAGGAUUGGGAUGAGCGACGUAAGCU